AAAUUUGUUAAAUUAGAGCAUUUUCGUUUUAAUGGAUAAACAUGAAACAUAUCUGCUCAGUCGUAAUUUUUUUACUACUUUGGUUAAUCUUAAUCAGUAAUGAUAUUAAUAGAAUUACAACACUUUCUUGUUGAGAGUUCUCAAGUUAUAAUAAAAUAUUGUACAUGUUUUAUGCUGAGAACGCUCAUUUGGCGUGCGCCCAAAACGCAGCUCAUGUAACUUAAAAAAACUUAGUCCAUUGUAACUUAAAAAGAACAAUAAAUACUCAUGUUUCCUUUGGAAUAUAGAGAUUAGAUGCUCUUUGUUUACUUGUUUAUUGCCAAAAAUAAUUAUUGCUGUUGCAAAUCAAAAAUCUGCAAAAGAAGGGCAGAGGAAAAUUUAAUCAUGUAUUACAUAAAUAAAGUGUUAAAAAAUAUUAGCCACCCACUUAAACAUAUUGUACGCCACAAGCCGUAUCCUGUUGUAUUUCACAACUACCUUAAAAAUUUACCCUUUACCGAGGUUUCAGUGCUUCCUAAUGGGCUAACUGUCGCAACGGAAGAAAGAGAAUGCUACAAUGCUUGCGUUGGCUUGUACAUCAACGCCGGAUCUAGAUACGAAAGUCAUUUUGAGAACGGUAUAACGCAUUUUUUCGAACACAUCGCAUUCAAAGGUACUAAUGCUCGUGCAAAAACUGUACUGGAAGAACAAAUGUCAUCUUUGGGAGCUCAGUUCCAUUGCUCUACCAGCAGAGAAAUUGCCACGUACUAUGCCGAAUGCCUCUGUGAAGAUGUUUCCCUCGUGGUAGAUAUAUUAACCGAUUGCGUAUUCAAUAAUUUGUAUUGCCCGGCCGAUAUCGACCAACAAAAAUGUACUGUAUAUUUAGAAAUGCUAGAACAUGAUAAGGAUCACAAUUUACUUCUCUCUGAUUAUCUCCACAGCACUGCUUUCCAAGGCACACCUUUAGCUCAAUCAGUAUUAGGGCCAAGCAGUAAUCUUUAUAAUUUCUCCACUAGCACAAUCAGCAUAUACGUCCGUAAACUAUUUGACCCUAAAAGAACCGUACUCAUCGGCGUCGGUGGAAUAAAACAUUCACAAUUGGUAGGUUUGGCCGAGUCUUAUUUGAGUAAACUUGAACCAACAAAAUGUAUCGAUACGGGAGAGUACAGGUUUACGGGAUCUGAAGUAAGAUAUAGGGACGAUUCGAUGCCUUUGGGCAAUGUAGCAAUAGCUGUAGAAGGACCAGGCUUAUGCGACCCUGACAACUUGGUUUUGGAUGUAGCAGCGCACUUGAUCGGAGGCUGGGAUAGAUCGCAACCCGGAGGUGAGAAACAUGCCUCGCCUAUAGUUCGGGGAUGUUCGUCCGAACACCUUUGCGAUUCUUAUAAAGCCUUUAACAUUAACUAUAAAGAUACCGGACUUUGGGGAGCGCAAUUUAUGGGACCUUCUAAAUACUUGGACGACGUUCUAUACUUGAUUCAGGGAGAGUGGAUGAAGCUGUGCACUACAUUAACUGAUGCAGAGGUCGAGAGGGCGAAGAGGGAACUUAAGACUGAUAUAUUGUACAAAACCGAGAGUUGCAAAGGAGCAUUUCACGAAAUCGGUCGCUGGGUUCUUUACGGCGGAUGUUAUCCUACAUUGCAUGAGCGCCUUACGAGUAUUGACAAAAUAUUCGCAAAACACGUGAUAGAGGUUUGCAACAAAUACAUUUACGACAAAUGCCCUGCGGUGGCAGCAAUCGGCACAACAGAAGGUCUCUUGGACUACACAAGAAUACGUGCCGGCAUGUAUUGGCUGAGGAUUUAAUAUUUUUAUUAAAUUUAUAAAUAUUUUAGUUUUACUUAAUUAAAAGUUUAUUAUUUACUUCAGUCUGAAAUUAAAGUCGAAGAUCGAA